GCCUAUCUCAUCCUGAAAAUAAUUUUAAUUAAAACAAAAAGUAGUGAUUAACAGCUGGAAAUUACACGCCAAAACCCUCUAUAAAAGUCUGCUCCUAUCUCUUACGUUACCUUCUUUCCGUCCCGUAGUUUCAUCGUACGUAUUUUGCUGUUGAUCUCCUUACAUCGAUCGGUUAGCUUACGAUAAACCUGUUCACCGAUAGCUUCUUGUCUUAAAAUAAUUUUGAAAAAUUUAUUUUUAAAUAUAUGUGUAAUCUGUGUAUUUAGAUGUUAGGUGUAAUGAUCCGAUGAUUUUCAUGCGUCGUAUUCGAAUUCUUCACUCAUUCUCCGUUGUCUAUCUCUACUGGUUCUACGUUUUUUCAUAAAUUAGCCUCUCAAAAAGCCCAAAUUUUAAUUCUUGUUUGAAAACCCUAAUUUUGAUUUUCCCUAAAAAACCCAUUUAUUUGACCUAGUUUUUUAUAUUAAAAAAUUGACCCGACCCGACCCGGACGAGAUUAGUGCGAAAUAGAAUUUUGAAGUUAGGAUUGAAAUGGCAUCAGUACAGAAUCAAGUUAGUUCAGGCUCUGAUGGUGAUUUACGGUAUGCGGCUUUUGAUGAGAAGAAGAGGAAGAGGAUGAUUUCCAAUAGGGAAUCGGCAAGGAGGUCUCGUAUGAAGAAGCAGCAGCAUGUUGAUAAACUGAUUGCAGAAAUGAGCGAGUUGCAAAGCCAGAACAAGGUGGUUAUGCAGAAGAUUAAUGAAGCGACUGAUAGAUUUGUUGGUGUUUCGUCUGAGAAUAAUGUGUUGAGAGCUCAGCUUUCGGAGUUGACUGAUAGGCUGUACUCACUUAACUCGGUGCUGCAUAUGGUGGAGGAGGUGAGUGGGCUUGCUAUGGAUAUUCCUCAGUUGCCGGAUACUUUGAUGGAACCGUGGCAGCUUCCAUGUCCAGCACAACCAAUCACGACAUCUGCCAAUAUGUUCAACUUCUGAAUGAUGGUGCUGCUGCUGGAGGGAUUUGCUAUAUAGUUCUAUCGGUCAUGUUUAGUGAUAUUCUGUCUGGUAUUGCUAAUAAGUGGUUGCUAUAUGGUUAUAUUGGUCAUGUUUAAUGAUAUUCUGUCUAGUAUUGCUAAUAAGUAGUUAAAUGUUUAUGUUAUCCUAUGUUAGGAUGUUAUGCAUUUGGUUUGAUCAUGUAUCAAGGAGAUUGGGUUUCGACAUAUUUGAUGUUUUAGUUUCAU